UCCUGCCAAUCUGUCCAAUCACAGUUUACUGACAGAGUGGAAGUUGGUCGUUACGUCCUCAUACAAAAAAAACACCAAAAAAACGGUGUCAGUCAAAGUUGUGGCGUGGAGGUUCAGCGACGAAGCCGACAACUUCAGCAAAGUUUCUGUGAGUGACGAAGACUUCUUUUUCUUUCUUCUUUUUUUUUUUUACUUAAAAAAAAAACCUUACCCGCUCACGGUUCCGCUGCGGUUGGAGGUGACCCGAGCGCGACGGUGUGGGUGAAACCCAGAACGCUGUACCUUUGUGUUGGGCUCGGUUAUGCGUGUCAGGCGCUGCGGUAUUCGCGACUGACAACACCGACUCCAGCUGCUACUCCGUGUGGUAUUUCUAGCAUGCCACGCAGGCAGAUAACAGCUCCAAAGAAAAGGAAACUUUGCCUGCAGCUUAGAAGUGAACCACACAGUAUGAUACUUUGACAUUUUACUUCUGUAUUUUCACGUGUAAGUCCUUUUUUAAUUUUUUUUAUAUAUAUAUAUAUAUAUAUAUAUAUAUAUAUAUACAUACCGACAAUGAUGAAGAUUAGGAGAUACUUAAGGGGAAGUGGGAGGGUUCUCGCGUUCGUGUUUAUCGCCUCUGUCAUUUGGCUGCUGCUGGACAUGGCAGCACUUCGCAUUUCAAUGGACGAUGUGAACAGUCAGCUGCUGAAGGAGCGAGUUAUAAGAGACCGGGAGAUUUCAAAACAGCAGCGGGGGACACAGUUGGUGAAACAGGGGUUUAAGAACCCGGUUCAGAGGGUGGACCUCGCUGUUACACGUGCUGGGAAAGCACCACUCAGUUCAAGCAUCAAACUGGCUCAUGUCUACAGACAUGGAGGGCAGAGACAGAGUCACCAAGGAGAUCAUCUUCCCAAGGCUGACCAACCCAAGCAUGUUGCUUUUGAACAUAAAGAAGGACACCGCAAUGUCACACCGAAGCAGGAUGUUCCUGCAAGGAAGAAAGCAGUCGACUUGGAUCUGAAUGGGAUGAAAACAGAGAUGAGUAGAGGGACGUUACCUGUGGUAGUGCCUAAUAUAUCCCAAGUGCCGCCUGGUGUUCAGGAAAACAAACAUGGAAAGAAGGGACCCGUUAAUUCUGAACCUAAGGCCGAGACUGGAACAGAGGUGAGUUUGCAGGCACACCCUGUUAAGACAACAACUAAAUUGCCAAAGAAGGAUGUAAAAGGAAAGGUGGUAGACCAUAAAACAGAGGAGAAACACGUUAAGACGAUCGCCAAGAGUGACCUGAAGGCAGCGAAGGAAACCCUGAUACCUACAAUUAAGCUCCGAGCAGGAGAGGACUCCAAGGAUAAACAUGUCACUGCGGUCAGAAAACCAAGUGUCCACAAAGUGCUUUCCCUGGAUAUGACUAUAGUUCCCAGAGACGCCAACGCAAUGGGCCAGUUCGGUCAGGCAGCCCUUGUCGCCAGUAAUGAAGACUUAGAGGUGAGGAAGAGAUGGAACGAAGGGCACUUCAAUGUCUUCCUGAGCGACAAGAUUCCAGUGGACCGUGCCGUCCCAGACACCAGGCCUGAGAUGUGUCCACAGCAUCUGGUCCACGAUAACUUGCCGUCCACCAGUGUGAUUUUCUGUUUCGUGGAUGAAGUUUGGUCCACGCUCCUCCGCUCUGUGCACAGUGUGCUCAACAGAUCUCCACCACACCUCCUCACAGAGAUCAUUCUGGUGGAUGAUUUCAGCACCAAAGACUAUCUGAAAGAGAAGCUAGAUACAUACAUGUUCCAGUUUCCCAAAGUGCGAAUCAUUCGCCUAAAGGAGCGGCAAGGCCUCAUCAGGGCCAGGCUGGCUGGAGCGGCUGUAGCCAAAGGUGAGGUUCUUACCUUCCUCGACUCCCACAUUGAAUGUAACGUGGGCUGGCUGGAGCCGCUGCUGGAGAGAGUCUAUCUGGACCGCAAGAAGGUGCCUUGUCCGGUUAUUGAAGUCAUCAGUGAUAAGGACAUGAGUUAUUUGCUGGUUGACAACUUCCAAAGAGGUGUUUUCAAAUGGCCUUUGGUUUUUGGCUGGAGUGCAUUACCAGAUGAGUAUAUUAGGAAGAAUAACAUGACCGUCUCCGAUCCCAUCAGAUGUCCAGUUAUGGCUGGAGGCCUUUUCUCCAUCGACAAAAAAUACUUCUAUGAGCUUGGUGCUUAUGAUCCAGGCCUGGAUGUGUGGGGUGGGGAGAACAUGGAGAUUUCAUUUAAGAUCUGGAUGUGUGGAGGGGAAAUCGAGAUUAUCCCCUGCUCUCGAGUGGGACACAUCUUCCGAGGACAGAAUCCUUACAAGUUCCCCAAAGACAGGCAGAAAACAGUGGAGCGUAACCUGGCGAGGGUGGCAGAGGUCUGGCUGGAUGAGUACAAGGACCUUUUCUACGGCCAUGGCUACCACCACCUGCGAGAUAAAAAGUCCAUUAACAUCGGCAACCUCACCGAGCAGAUUGAGCUGAGGAAGAAGCUCAAAUGCAAGAGCUUUCAGUGGUACCUGGAUAACGUGUAUCCAGAUAUGAAGCCUCCCUUAGUCCAAGCUGAGGGCCUGGUCUUUAACCGCGGCUUAAGAAAAUGCCUCACUCUGCAGAAAGGCUCUCUGUCGUUUGACACGUGUGACCUCAGCAGGCAGAGUCAGCACUUUAAUUACACCUGGAUGAGACAUCUUCGCCAGGAAGAUCUAUGUGUCGCACCCCACGGCAAUGGCAGCGGCUUUGCUUUACAAUUAUGUGACAACGCCAAGCCUGAACAUCGCUGGUUCCACAAAUCAUCCGACUCCGCUCUGGAGGAGCACCUCCAGGCAGAGUUUAUGUCCAACCGCAUGUGCCUGGAGGCGGGGCCUCAAGAUGACACUCUUCACCUGAAUCCAUGUGAAACCAGAAACGCCUUCCAAAAGUGGCAAUUCACAAAAUACCACACUCAGUGAUGAGGCUGAUAUGUGUCAAGCAUCCACUACGGAGAUCAAGAGAGAGGCCUCACACGACAGCCCAGCCUGUGGUCCAAACCCAACACACGGCUGUCGAGAGGCGGUGUGAAGCGCUUUAGUGGCAGUAACAUGUGUGGGGAUGUGCAAUGUUUCUAAUUUCUUUUUGAUUAUGGACUGACCUUGAGUUUUGAACACUUGUACCAGAGGAAAGAGAGCAUCUUCUCUCCGUUCAGGAAGAUGUGGACCAGAGUUUGCUGAAAGGAUUCGGAUGACUGUCUGUGGAAGAAUACUCCAUUUUGAGCGCAACAUAUCAUCUCACUGCCAAAGAUAAAACAGUGACUCUUAUAUUUGAGAUGAAUAAAGUGAUUUUCUUUUUGUGUUUGCUCUGCUGGGAUUGAAUAAUGAGUUUACUUGGCUGUUGUGUAGAAUGUAUUAGUAUUAAACGUAUCACUUAUUUCCUGUGAGACAUCUUCUUUUGUAGAUGUCAUUUUUUUUUAUGUUUGAUGAUGGUUGAAACAGCUGCUUCUAUGAUUUUAAGCAUUAUUUAGGUGUAGGUGUUUCUUUUUUUGUCUUUUCUUUUUUUACUGUCCCUUUUUGUAUGAAUUUCUUCUUGUCACUAGAGGGAAGUGUUGUUCCAAACAUGCAAUAAACCUGUGCUGUGAGUUCAUAAUUUUUUGACUCCUUUACCACAUACUGAUAGAAUGGAUUUGAUUAAGAAACUACAAAUAAAAUGAUGGCAAUAAGGA